AUGGGGAAAGGGAAGUAUGGGAUAAGGAGAGGGGAGAGGAGUAAGAGGAAGAAAGAAAUGGAAGAAGGGGAUGGUGGAGGCUUCAUUAAGUCAUAUGAGAAAGAAACCUGUAUGCUUCAAAGUUAUACUCUGUCUUGUGAACUGUGGAAUUGUCAGUGUCCAUUUGUAGAUUGCUUUAGGAUUCUGCUUAAAGUCAAGAAACUAGAAAACACCAUGUCUGAUAGUACACGUUCUUCAGGAGAUACACAUAUAUGCAUAAACCAUAUGGAUCAUCUUGUGCUGACCGUAAAAGAUGUUUCUCGCACUGUUGACUUCUAUACCAAAGUUCUUGGAAUGACCGAGAUCACCUUCAAAGCGACCCGCAAGGCUCUCAAAUUUGGCAACCAGAAAAUCAACCUCCACGAAUCCGGCAAGGAAUUUGAGCCCAAAGCGGCAUGUCCAACCCCAGGAUCGGCAGAUCUGUGCUUCAUCGCUGAUACAUCACUGGAGGAUGUGAUGGCCCAUCUAAAAGAAUGUGGGGUGUCUGUUGAAGAAGGUCCCGUGAUGCGGACAGGUGCAAUGGGCCCCAUCAAUUCAGUCUACUUUAGAGAUCCAGACAUGAACCUUAUUGAAGUCUCAAACUAUGUUUAAAUUCCCCUUCCCAAUUGACAUUCAGUAUCCUCAAGCCUUUCAAUGAAGUUUCACUUUGAUAUUCAAUUCAGUCAUGGCAUCUCCGUGUAGUUCAUAUGUACAUGGUAUGUAUUUGAUUUUUAAUUGAUGGCCAAUGCGUGAGAGAUCAUUCUUGCAAUCUUCAAAGAAUACUUUCACUUUAUAAUAUGAGCAAGUAAAAUUUAUUUAGUUCAGAAGUCAAAAUCAUGAAAAUAUUUCCAAUACCACACAGAUCAAGUUUAUGUGUACUAUACCUCUCCUAUAUAAGAAUUAAAUAUCACAGUUCAAUUGAGCGAAGUUAACUGAUUUUAUUUGAAAAUUCUUGUUAGAAACUCAUUAAAUGUAAGAUAAAUUGAUCAGCCAUUCUAUUUUGAAGUAACCUGAAUUAUUAAAAACUGGAAAUUUUCAGAGUAUAGUAUACAUUGAAUCUACCCAAAAGUGCCACAUUUCAUUUGUUUACUUUGACCUAUAUUAUAUAAUAUCAGUAAGAAAUGAUAUUUUACAAAGAAUUGCUCUCAGGUAAUCAGCGUGCUGACUUUCAGUAUCUAGUCACAUUAUGGUAGCUUAUAAGUGGUCUUUAUCAAUAUAUAGUUUUGCACUGAAAUAGGCCUGUUUUCCAUUUGUGAAUAGAUAGCUCAAUAUUCAAAUCAUAUCAGACUUAAACUACAGAGGGCAGUAGUAUGCAAAAUGUGUUUGAUCUGAUCCAAUUUUAUAAUCACAAUUGACCUGAGAAAUUUAGAAAAAAGUUACAGGUAAAUUUGCAAAAUUUGUCCAUCCAUAAGUAAAGGAAUAAAAAAAAGGGUACCGUAACACAAAGAAUGGAGAUUGAUUGCACGCUACGAUUGAUUGUAAAUUGUAGUCAAUUGAUUCAAUUUGAGAAAAAUGUUCUAUGAUCAUUGCUAAGCUUUGUGUUAUGGGCCCAGAUUAUGCAAACGUUCUUAUUCUAACAGAUUUCUGUGGUACCAAAAUAUUUGAAUUAGGUAAUGAUACCUGUGCUUGUAUAGAUUAGACCCCACACCUUUUUUUGGUAAUAAUUGAAAGGUAAAAUAUUUUAAGUAUAUUUUCAUGAACAUCAAACAUGUUUCUGUAGCAUAUAGAAUCGUCAUAUUCUGUUUUGGGAUGCCAAAAUUUAAUCAAGCAAAUUUUGACAUUAACAUUAAAACAAAAGUGAUAUUUUCAUUUGUUUUUUGUUUACAACUUUGCAUUUACUAAAUACAUGCACAUGAUAAUAAGUUUGCAUGCAUCAUGAUCAAAGUAAACAAAUGAUUUUAUAAUUGGUAAUGUAAAAAGUCUUGAAAAAAUUUUCUAAGUUGUCCUGGCACAAAUGUGCUGGAGGCCAAAUAAGUGAUGUGGGAGGGAAAAAUAAUAAUUUCAGAUUCAGCU